CUACUGAAAUACCGACUUGCAGGGAGUUUAAAAAAAAAAGCAUGGCUUUUUUUUAAACUUAUGUCAGAAGUAUCUAAAACUACUCUGAAAUAUUAGAUCUAAAUAGGCUUUGCAUGCAGAACUAUUGGAAAGAUAAUUUAAUGAUUGACAUUUUGUGUAGCAGGAAUUUCAUAAUACACAAUGUAAAUUAUUACAGCAUCAUCCUUCUGCUUUUUAUCUUACAUAGGAAAUAAUGCUCCCGUGCAAAUGCUACCUUGCUUUCUGGCAUGUGGGUGCUCCCACAUUAUAGUCUUCAGAAAAACUCAUACAGCAACAACUCAGGCAUUGACCCUUCCAGAAUGGGAACUCUGUGUAAAUUGAUAAUCAUUAAUGUAUCUGACUUUAACCACAGAUCUCAAAGCAUUUCAAGGAAGGGACAAGUAUGAUGAAUACUGGCUGUUCACAGGUAAAAAUAAAAGGGUACUAAUGGAUGAUCUUUAGAGAACCUUUGCCAAAAUCUAUAGUGUAUCAGAAUAAUGGCACAAGGCCUAAUGAAAGAAGUUGUUAAAGAUUUACACCUAUGCACCACAAAAAUAGACCAAGUUUGAUGGGCAGUGAGUUGCCAAACCCCUUUCUGCCACUGCUCUUUGGCCGUAUUUCCUUUAUUCUCCCGAGGUGGUCUCCAGGGCAAUCGAGACGCCCCGAGCAGACGGCAGCACGCCGGGGCUCAAGGCUCAGCCCCGAGCACACCGCGGCACACCGGGGCUCAAGGGCCAGCCCCGAGCACACCGCGGCACACCGCGGAGCAAGGCCCAGCCCCGAGCACACCGCGGCACACCGGGGCUCAAGGCCCAGCCCCGAGCACACCGCGGCACGCCGGGGCUCAAGGGCCAGCCCCGAGCACACCGCGGCACACCGCGGAGCAAGGCCCAGCCCCGAGCACACCGCGGCACACCGGGGCUCAAGGCUCAGCCCCGGGCACACCGCGGAGCAAGGCCCAGCCCCGAGCACACCGCGGCACACGGCGGAGCAAGGCCCAGCCCCGAGCACACCGCGGCACACGGCGGAGCAAGGCCGGGCCUCCCUGAGGGCUCCGCGGGAACCCCGCCACUCUCGCGAGAGCAGCGGCAGCCGGGCGGGCUCUGCCGCCGGGGCGGCGCGGCCAUGGAGUCGGGCCUGGAGGAGUUGAUGCCGCGGCUGCUGCCCGUGGGCGACUGUGACCUGGCCGAGGACUUCGAUCCCACCGUGCCUCCCAGGACGCCCCAGGAGUACCUGAAGCGCGUCCAGAUUGAAGCAGCUCGAUGUCCUGACGUGGUUGUGGCACAAAUAGAUCCCAGAAAAUUGAAGAAGAAGCCAACAGUAAACAUUUCAAUUUCUGGAUGUCAGCCUGCUCCUGAGGGAUACUCUCCAACACUCAAGUGGCAGCAGCAGCAAGUGGCCAAUUUCUCAGCUGUUCGUCAGAGCCUGAACAAGCACAGGAAUCACUGGCGGUCACAACAUUUGGACAGCAAUGUUACUAUGCCAAAAUCAGAGGAUGAAGAAGGCUGGAAGAAGUUCUGCCUCGGUGAAAGAGUAUACUCAGAAAUAGAUGCACUACCUGAUAAUGAAAAUUUAGGAAUUGAUUACAUGAAGGUGGGCUUUCCCCCUUUGCUAAGUAUUGUAAGCAGGAUGAAUCAGGCAACAGUAACCAGUGUCUUAGAAUACCUGAUAAGCUGGUUUGGAGAGAAAAAAUUUACUCCAGAACUGGGUAGAUGGCUUUAUGCACUGUUGGCAUGCCUUGAAAAACCUUUGCUACCUGAAGCUCACUCCCUUAUUCGACAGCUGGCAAGGCGAUGUUCAGAAGUCAGGGCACUCGAGGAGAACAAGAAUGAAGAACAGAUAUCAGCUCUGAACUUGAUAAUCUGCUUAGUUAGCAGGUACUUUGAUCAACGUGACCUGGCUGACGAGCCUUCCUAGGCUGUUUUGAGAACAUCCAGUAUUUUGCAUUGCCACAGUACUAGCAGCAUUAUCAGAGUUAACAGCAAGACUCUGCAUUGUUCAGACCUGAAGUAUUACACAAUCCCUUCGGAACACCCUCAUACAAUGCAUUUGGGACAGCUGUGAAUAACUUCAGCUGAGUUUGUCUGUUUCUCCAAUACCAUCAUCACCAAGUGGUAACUGAAGUGUCCAACAUCAUCUCUCAAGCUCCUGUUUUUGUAAACUACAUUCUUGGUUAGAAAUUUCUACAAUCUAAGUAAUCUGUGGACACUGCUAUUAGGUGAAGUCUGAGGUUACAUUGCAAGUUAUUAUUUUUUUUCUAACAGACUUAUUGAGGACUUUUGUAAUAAAACAAAAAGAUUUAAAAGACUGUUUGUAAACAUUG